UCCCCGCUGGGUCCCCGCUCCGUCCCCGCUCCCUCGGCCCCCGGAGAUGCCCCCGGGGCGGCGGUGAAGCCCCUCUGUCCCUCCGAUGGAGGCCGAGCCCGCGGCUCCGGGGGACGCGGCCCCGCCGCCCGCUGAGGCCUCGCCCGCGGGGCCCGACGGGCGGCUCCGGCCCGGCCACAAACGGGUCACCUUCCCCUCGGACGAGGACAUCGUGUCCGGGGCCGUGGAGCCCAAGGACCCCUGGAGACACGCCCAGAACGUGACCGUGGAGGAGAUCCUGGCUGCCUACAGACAGGCCUGCCACAAGCUCAGCUGCCGCCAGAUUCCCAAACUCCUCAGGCAAAUCCAGGAAUUCAAGGAUCUGGCUCCCAGGAUCGACUGCUUGGAUCUCAAAGGGGAAAAGCUGGAUUACAGAGCCUGUGAGGCCCUCGAGGAGGUUUUCAAGCGGCUCCAGUUCAAACUGGUGGAUCUGGAACAAACCAGUCUGGACGAGGACGGAGCGUCGGCGCUCUUCGACAUGAUCGAGUACUACGAGUCGGCCACGCACCUCAACAUCUCCCUCAACAAGCACAUCGGCACCCGCGGCUGGCAGGCGGCUGCUCACAUGAUGAGGAAGGUUGGUGACCCCCUUCCCGCUGUUCCCGGUGUUCCCAGUGUUCCCAGUUCCCUCUGGAAUCUCCCAGGAGCCGGAUGAGCCUCUCCCAAGGCG